AAAAACCUCAUUUUUCACAUUUCCCGCCAAAACAAGACCCCUAAUUCCACUGAAAAAUUCAAUUCAAUCCAAUAUAAUCCAAUCCUCCUUUCCCACCUCUCUCAAAUUUCCUCUUGCUCCAUCUCUCCCAUCUUUGUAUCUCCCCACUUUCCAGAACACCCCAAUUUAAAACACAAAAGACCCAUUUUGUUUACAAACCCUAGCUUCAUAUUUCUUGAAUUUGAUGGAUACCCAUCUAAUAGUUAGCGGUGAGGAGCAAAACCCACCUCCAGAUUCACUUAGUUCACAGCAAACCCUUGAUGGGUAUUUGAUCAAAGUACCUCCUCCACCUACAGAAACCCUAGUUAAUGUGGACACCCCAUUUCCUGUCCCUGAUGAAUCCGUAAAUAUUGAAGAAAAUGGAAAGGAGGAAGAAGCUCUUCUGUGUCCUUCGCCGAUUAAUACGUAUUCUGGGUAUUUAUUUGAUGAUACGAAGCCCUUGAGUUCUUGUUUUUCGACUAAGAAGUCGAGGUCUUGUUCUCCGGUUUUCUUUGAUGAUAAGGCGCCUAUGGUGGGUGCAGGGCUGACAAAUUUGGGAAACACUUGUUUUCUUAAUGCGAUUGUGCAAUGCUUUACGCAUACUGUAAGGCUUAUUGAGGGUCUUCGGUCUUUUGAUCAUGUUAUGCCUUGCGAUCGUAAUGUUGAUGGAUUCUGUUUGCUGUGUUCAUUUCGUGCCCAUGUUGAAUAUUCUUUGGCUUCUGUAGAGAGAGUUAUAUCCCCUUGGAAAUUUGUGGACAACUUGAGUUAUUUUUCAUCUGAUUUCCAGAAGUAUCAGCAAGAAGAUGCACAUGAAUUCCUGCAAUGCUUUCUUGAUAGACUCGAGAGCUCUUGUAGUGAUUUGAAGUCAAAGGAGACCACUUUGUGUGCAAAUAAUGAUAACUUUGUCAAACAGGUUUUUGGUGGCCGCCUUGUAAGCAAGCUGAAAUGUUGCAAUUGUGACCACAUAUCUGACACUUAUGAGCCUUCCAUUGAUUUGAGCCUGGAGAUUAAAGACGUAACUACCCUCCAGGAUGCUCUUGAAUCAUUUACAAAGCUUGAAAAGAUAGAAGAUCCAGAUACAAAGUUUAUGUGUGAAAAUUGCAAGGAAGAAGUGUCAAUUGAGAAGCAGCUUAUACUAGAGGAGGCUCCUUCAGUUGCUUCUUUCCACUUAAAGAGAUUCGAGAAUGAUGGCUCAUAUGUUGAGAAAAUUGACAAGCAUGUAAAGUUCCCGCUGGAACUGGACUUGCAACCCUACACUAGCAGUCAAAACAGUGAUGCUGAACUGAAGUAUGAACUAUAUGCAAUUGUGGUGCAUAUCGGAUUCUCUGCUACUUCAGGGCAUUACUACUCUUUCAUUCGUUCUGCCCCAGACACUUGGUACAAGUUUGAUGACUCAAGGGUUGUUCGGGUUCGAGAAGAAUUUGUUCUUUCACAAAGCGCUUAUAUAUUAUUUUAUGCAAAGCAGGGGACCCCCUAUUUUUCGAGUUACUUGGAAACUAUAAAACCCUUCUUAGAUCCACAUGGUUACGAAACAUCACCCAAGUCGGUCUUAGAUGAUGUAGACAUCCAUAUGUCAUCUCCCAAUAUUGCAACUACUUGUAAUGAUAAAGUCAAUGAAAGCAGUAAUACUGCUCAUGAAAAUGAGUAUGCCAGUGUAUCAAAAGAUGACCAGGGUGUUGGUGUUACAUACAAAAAUGAGGUUCAUGAAAUGAGUGGGGUCAAUUAUGCCAUUGAUGAGAGCAGUGACAAAGAUGAUAGACUUGGAGUGGACACCACAUUGCAACCUGGAACAAGUAUUCCAAUGAAGGAUAACGGUAAUGGAAUGAAAGUGUUUUCACCAUCAGUUCUUCAAGAGUAUGAUGCUACAAGCAAUGCUGAUAACCCUCCUCAAACGCCACCAAGAUCAUCAAGCCCAGAUAUUUACAAAGAUGAAUCACCAGAAUUUAAGUUAUACAUCCAGCCUAGUCAUCGGAAGCUAGUAAACCAAGUCUCUAACAAAAAGCAAUUAAAAAAAGAGGUGGAGAGUGCUGAAUCUUUACAGGCACGCAGAUUGUUGAAAACAAUGCCAGGCGGAAGGGGAAAGUCAUUGUUGGCUGCCAUGGCAGGGCAAUUUAGUGAAGAUGCACAGAGAAAUAAAAAGAGAAAAAGAAUGCAGGUGACUCCAAAUAAAUAUGACAGUCCUUCAACAACUCAAAGAAAGGAUGGCCUUCGUUCUCUAGCGCGGCCAUUGGCUGCUGCAUAUUCCCGUUGAUUAGUUGCUGUUGUGGAUAAAUAUACAUGUCUCGUUCAGCUUGCGUAGAUGAUAUUAGAAUUUCCAUGAGAAACUCUCGUAUAACCAAAUCUUUCGAGAUACACUGUUUUAUUUUGUUCCUUCAGUUGGGAAAUAAUUGAGUAGCUUAGUUUGUUUUGUCGCAGUAGUCUUCUGGGAUGUGGCUGUUAUUGGUUUUUAGAAGUUGAAGCUUUAGAUGAUAACUAAGAUGAUAUCCUCCUUUUUGCAAAUAUUGAACUUGUUAUUUUGAGGAAAUGAAAUUCUAGUAGGCUUAUCUUGGCUGA